UUUCUUCCCGGCAGCCCGCGGGGCUUCCGCCUACCCCGCAGGUCCGUAGCACCGGUGGGUCAGAACCACGGCUGUGAGUGGUAGGACGAGCAGCCAUGGGCUCGCCCCUGAGGUUCGACGGGCGUGUGGUGCUGGUGACCGGCGCGGGGGGAGGACUGGGCCGAGCUUAUGCCCUGGCUUUUGCGGAAAGAGGAGCAUCAGUUAUUGUGAAUGAUUUAGGAGGUGACUUCAAAGGAGUUGGUAAAGGCUCCUUAGCAGCUAAUAAAGUUGUUGAAGAAAUAAGAAGGAAAGGUGGAAAAGCAGUGGCCAAUUAUGAUUCAGUGGAAGCAGGAGAGAAGAUUGUGAAGACAGCACUGGAUGCUUUUGGAAGAAUAGAUGUUGUGGUGAACAAUGCUGGAAUUCUGAGGGACCGUUCCUUCAGUAGAAUAAGUGAUGAAGACUGGGAUCUAGUCCAUAGAGUUCAUUUACGGGGCUCAUUUCAAGUGACCCGGGCAGCAUGGGAUCAUAUGAAGAAACAGAACUAUGGAAGGAUCAUUAUGACUUCGUCAUCUGCAGGAAUAUAUGGCAACUUCGGCCAGGCAAAUUACAGUGCUGCAAAACUGGGUCUUUUGGGGCUCUCAAACACUCUUGCAAUUGAAGGCAGGAAAAACAAUAUCCAUUGUAACACUAUUGCCCCUAAUGCUGGGUCACGGAUGACUCAGACUGUUAUGCCAGAAGAUCUUGUUCAAGCCCUAAAGCCAGAGUAUGUGGCUCCCCUGGUCCUUUGGCUUUGUCAUGAAAGUUGUGAGGAAAAUGGUAGCUUAUUUGAGGUUGGAGCAGGAUGGAUUGGAAAAUUACGCUGGGAGCGGACUCUGGGAGCUCUUAUCAGACGGAAGAAUGAGUCAGAAACUCCUGAAGCAGUGAAGGCUAACUGGGAGAAGAUCUGUGACUUUGAUAAUGCCAGCAAGCCUCAGAGUAUCCAAGAAUCAACUGCCAGUAUAAUUGAAGUUUUACAUAAAAUAGAUUCAGAAGAAGUUUCAACAAACCCUACCAGUCAUGCUGCAUCUACAGCCUCACCAGGAUUUGCUAGCGCUGUUGGGUAUCAAUUUCCUUCAUUUACUUUUGCUUAUACGGAACUGGACACUAUUAUGUAUGCCCUUGGAGUGGGAGCAUCAAUGAAAGAUACAAAAGAUUUGAAAUUUCUCUAUGAAGGAAGUUCUGAUUUCUCCUGUUUGCCCACCUUUGGAGUUAUUGUAACUCAGAAAUCUAUGACUGGUGGAGGAUUAGCAGAAAUUCCCGAACUUCCAAUCAACUUUGCAAAGGUUCUUCAUGGGGAACAAUACUUGCAGCUAUAUAAACCAUUUCCUAGAACAGGAAAGUUAAAAUGUGAAGCAGUUAUUGCUGAUAUCCUAGAUAAAGGAUCUGGCUUAGUAGUUGUUUUGGAUGCCUAUGCUUAUUCUGGGAAAGAACUUAUAUGCUAUAAUCAGAUUUCUCUGUUUGUUGUUGGCUCUGGAGGCUUUGGUGGAAAACGAACAUCAGAAAAACUCAAGGUGGCUACAGCCACACCUAGUAGACCUCCUGAUGCUGUAAUUACAGAUAAUACCUCGCUUAAUCAGGCUGCUUUGUACCGCCUCAGUGGAGACUGGAAUCCUUUACACAUUGACCCGAACUUUGCAAGCCUUGCAGGUUUUGAGAAGCCAAUAUUACAUGGAUUAUGUACCUUUGGAUUUUCAGCCAGGCACGUUUUACGGCAGUUUGCGGAUAAUGAUGUAUCAAGGUUCAAGGCAAUUAAGGCUCGCUUUGCAAAACCAGUAUAUCCAGGACAAACUCUACAAACUGAGAUGUGGAAAGAAGGUAACAGAAUUCACUUUCAAACCAAGGUUCUAGAAACUGGAGAUAUUGUCAUUUCAAAUGCAUAUGUAGAUCUUGUACCACCAUCUGGUGUUUCAGCGAAGACACACCCUGAGGGUGGGGAACUACAAAGUACUCUUGUAUUUGAGGAAAUAAAUCGUCGGCUUAAGGAUAUUGGGCAAGAGGUGGUAAAGAAAGUAAAUGCUGUAUUUGAGUGGCAUAUUAUGAAAGGUGGAAAUACUGCAGCUCAGUGGACUAUUGAUCUGAAAAAUGGUUCUGGAAAAGUGUAUCAAGGUCCUGCUGAAGGUUCUGCUGACACAACCAUCAUAAUUUCAGAUGAAGAUUUCAUGGAAGUAGUCUUGGGCAAGCUUGACCCUCAGAAGGCAUUCUUCAGUGGCAGACUGAAGGCCAGAGGGAACAUCAUGCUGAGUCAGAAGCUUCAGAUGAUUCUUAAAGACUAUGCCAAGCUCUGAAGGGUCACUACCCUGCUAGUGAAAAUAGAAUACUCUACCCCAAUAUGUUUGAUGAUUCUGCAAAAGUGAUUACAACUAAAAUACAGGAGAAAUUGCUUACAUUUUCAGAUAACUUUAGCUUUACAUUUUCUACUAUUUUUCAUAAUUAUUUUUACAAAGAACUAUAAGCUAGUGCAUAAUUAUCCUUCUAGAUAUAUAGCUUCAUAAAAACAGUUUUCAUCCAAAUCCAGUUUCUGUAGAAUUCAUAACACCAAUAAGUUGACAGGAAAAUUAAUGAAUAAAAGCCACUUUGGUACCUUUUACUCCUCCUUUCUUUUUUUUUUUUUUUUCUAAUUUAUCAAUAUGCCUGUUUUAAAAUGAAUUUGCUAUAUGUCCUCUUUUUCCACACUUUGUUAUAAUAGGGUUCUGCUUUAAGGCAAUAGAUAAUUCUUUGUGUUUCCAAAUGGUUUUCUUUUUUCUCCCCUCCCUUUCCUUGGAAAUUCUAUACUUUCACAUAACAUUUGUAAAUGUACAAAGGAUAUCACUUUCUUGCUUAAUCAGUAACCAUAAAGGUAACCACUAGCAAGUACUGUCAUGUAACAGUUUUGCCUCACAUUUACCUCAGUUGAAGUGUGCUGAGAAAAUUUUACUGUGAUGGGUUGUCUGGAGAAGUAAGCAGCAAUAAAUGGGAUGUUAAGGCCAGAACUCAUGGGCAGGAAGAUUCAUGGGCAGGAAGUUGAUUUGGGAAUAUAUGGGGUAUUUUCAGGGCCCAUACCUGUCAGGAGAAGCAAAGGAGCCAGGCCUGGUGAAGGGUGACAAGAACAUAGACUGAGGGAGCUGGAGUGUAGGGACCAGGGAAGUUCUCAGAAAUUUAGAAUUGUGAUGUAUAGAAAAGUGAUGGGACAUAGUGGAUAUCCUUAAUAUAUUACUGAUUUGAUGAACAAGACAAGUAAAGGCACAGAAGAAGAGUUGCAUAUUUCACACUUUUACCUUGGUCUUAUGAGCUGUCUAGAACAUUGUAAAAUUGGUCUUAAUUUGAAAUGAUCCACUGUUCUGCCAAUGGAAGUUGUAGAAAGCAGUGCCAGUUUUAAGUAUUGAUCUUUUAUUGUACUAAAAACCUGUUGAGCUUAGAAAAGCUUUGUGUCAAUAGAAGUAACAUAUCAAAAUAAAUCAAAUGCUACCAUACAUUAAUGACAGUGUUGACUGUGUACCGUAGAUAUUUAAAAGUUAUGUUACUAUGUUUUAAUAAUUUUACUAAUCUCUGUGAUCUUAAAAAUCAGAGAUGUACUUUUAUCCACAUUUGCAGAUUAUUAAUGUUACUUAAUCCUUCUAUAAUUUGGUAAUGUUGAAUGCACUAUCCUCAACUUGUUACUUUCCUCUUCCAGUGAGAAAUACAUUAACUUCUUAAUGAA